CCCCGCCCCCCGGCCACCCCUUUGUAGCCGGGCGGGGCCCCAGCGAGGCCCGAGCUCCAGAGCCACUGAAGUUUCUGCUGCGCCAGCGCUGGGGCCCACGGUGUCGCUCAGCCCGCCUGACCUAACCUGGUGAUGGCCCCACUGGUUGCUGUUGUAUCCAGUCCACGUGCCCGGCUCUUUGCCUGUUUCCUCAGGCUGGGCACUCAGCAGGCUGCACCCCUCCAGCUGCACACAGGAGCCUGCUGCACAGCCAAGAACCACUAUGAGGUGCUGGUGCUGGGUGGGGGCAGUGGAGGAAUCACCAUGGCCACUCGUAUGAAGAGGAAAGUGGGAGCAGAGAAUGUGGCUAUUGUUGAACCCAGCGAGAGACAUUUCUAUCAGCCAAUAUGGACAUUAGUGGGUGCUGGUGCCAAACAGUUGUCCUUGUCCGGCCGUUCCACAGCAAGUGUGAUUCCAUCUGGUGUGGAGUGGAUUCAAGACAGAGUGGCCGAGCUGAACCCAGACAAGAACUGUAUCCGCACAGACAAUGGCAAGGAGAUCUCCUACAAGUAUCUUAUCAUCGCUCUUGGAAUCCAGCUGGACUAUGAGAAGAUUAAAGGACUCCCUGAAGGAUUUGCUUAUCCCAAAAUAGGGUCCAAUUAUUCGGUCAAGACAGUGGAGAAGACGUGGAAGGCCCUGCAGGACUUCAAGGAGGGCAAUGCAGUUUUCACCUUCCCCAACACUCCAGUGAAGUGUGCGGGCGCCCCCCAGAAGAUUAUGUACCUGUCAGAAGCCUACUUCAGGAAGACUGGAAAGAGACCCAAGGCUAAUAUCAUCUUCAAUACUGCUCUUGGAGCAAUCUUUGGGGUGAAGAAGUAUGCAGCUGCCUUGCAGGAGAUCAUCCAGGAGAGGGACCUCACUGUGAACUAUAAACACAACCUUAUUGAAGUCCGAGCUGACAAACAGGAGGCUGUUUUUGAGAACCUGGACAAGCCUGGGGAGACACAAGUAAUUCAGUAUGAAAUGCUUCAUGUCACACCACCUAUGAGCCCACCAGAUGUCCUCAAGACAAGUCCUGUGGCAGAUUCUGCUGGCUGGGUGGACGUGGACAAAGAGACUCUGCAGCAUAAGAAAUACCCAAAUGUGUUUGGCAUUGGGGACUGCACCAACCUUCCCACCUCCAAGACGGCUGCUGCAGUAGCUGCCCAGUCAGGAAUCCUUGACAGAACAAUUUCUCUGAUUUUGAAGAAUCAAAAACCCACAAAAAAGUAUGACGGCUAUACCUCAUGUCCACUGGUGACUGGCUACAACCGGGUGAUUCUUGCCGAGUUUGACUACAGAGGCGAGCCUCUGGAAACCUUCCCCUUCGAUCAGAGUAAAGAACGACUUUCUAUGUACCUCAUGAAGGCUGACCUGAUGCCUUUCCUGUAUUGGAAUAUGAUGCUAAGAGGCUACUGGGGAGGUCCAGCCUUUCUGCGGAAGCUGUUUCAUCUGGGCAUGAGUUAAGGAUGGCUCAGAGUUUGCUCUCCUUGGAUGGCUUCCAGACCAAAAAUCACAGUUACUGAUCGACUGUGAAGGACACAAAGGACUCAGAACCUCGCCCUGUAAGGAGUUUUUCUAACUGGAUGUGGUGACCUCUCUCCACCUCUGAGUAGCUAUCAUUUGGACGGCCCAGAAUGGGCUUGAUUCGUUGGAGAUAGUCAAAUGAAAUAACAGACUUCUAUUUUCUGAAUAAAACUUUGUAAUUGA